AUGAAGUCCGUUCUCAUCACCAUCGUGGGCCUCGUGUCACUUGGCCUCUCCAGUCCCGUGGCGCCUAGCGAGGAUCUGUCUCUCAAGAAGUCGACCGACGAGUACAUCUUCAACAUAACGCUCGCCGACUUCAUCACCAUUCGCAACGCUGCAUUCGAGGGGAUCAUGCUGCCUGAUCGGCUAGACUGGACAUCGGAGGGGUAUGAGCACAUGGACACUGAUCUCUUCAGGUUCGCCUUCGAUGACGCAUGCUAUCGCCACGACUUCGGCCAUCUGAACUUCAAGAAGCAGAACCGCUACACGGAGGAGAACAAGGCGCGUCUCGACAUGAAGCUCAGGAAUGACAUGUUCAUACAGUGUCAGUCCGAGCGUUACCAAGCUGCCUGCGAAGCCUCGGCCUCGCUGUACUACGAAGCGCACAGAGCAUUCGGAGAGCGUCCCACUACCGAGGCCGAGCCCAAGGACGAAGAAUAG